AUGAUCGUCAACCCAACUGAAAAGAGAAAGAUUGCCAUGGUACCUUCAGCUGUUGUAUGCCAUUUGGAUGAGUCUACUUUAUUUGAACAACAGAAAGGGUCAGCAGAAAAAUUAGAAGCAAUGGUGAAAAGCAAGUAUCCACAAUUAUCCUAUAUUAGUCAGCCUAUGGAAGACAUUUUCAGCAAAGACUUUUACUCUAAUCCUAAUUUUGAUAAGUGUUUUAAGAAUGUGCCAGGUGGCAAUAGUGAACAUGAAUAUAUCGUACAACUCGGACAAGAAUCAACAGAAUCUACUCAAAUUACCAAUGGUGAACGUCUCAAAACACUUUUCAAUAACAUCAACAAAAAUACAGCCAAAGAAGAUCUUUAUUGGAAUAUCAAGUUUGCCAUGCUUUUGACUAUUGCCAAACGGGAACAAUGCGAUUAUAUCUUUAUGGCUGAUUCAUCAACACGACAGGCAAUUAAAAUGAUAUCAAAGAUUAGCAAUGGACGUGGAUAUAGUAUACCAAUGGAUGUCGGUAUGGAAGUGGAUUCAUGCUUUAAGGAUGUAGUGAUCUUAAGACCAAUGAAGGAUAUGCUUGCAAAGGAAAUGGGAAUAUAUAAUAGAUUACAUGGUAUUGAUCAUGAUGUCACAACACCUUUCAACUUUGGAACAUAUAAUGCACCAAAAAGUUCUAUUGAACGAUUGACAGAAGAUUUUAUUGUUGGACUUGAUCGAGAUUUUCCAUCUACAGUUAGUACUAUAUCAAGAACAGCAUCUAAACUUACACCACAUAGUAAUAUCGAUUAUAGUAAAAAAUGUGCUAUUUGUCAAAUGUAA